AUGUACUACGAAUCUGAUUUUGAACUCGAAUGUGAUGAAUGUGGCCCUGGACCACCACCAGUUUUUAACAUUCCGCCACCACCACGACCGGAUUUUCUACAGAAUGAAUUAGGUGCAUCUACAACAUGUUUGGAAAAUUCACUCAGUGAUUACGAUAUGUGUGAAGCAAUACCGGCCAUUAUUCAUCAUUCAUUCGUGUAUUACAGUAGGUUUAUAGGUUACAGGUGUGUUGAACUUCACUUCGUUGCACUUCGUUACGUUCAACUGUUUAUAGAUUACAGUAGGUUUAUAGGUUACAGGUGUGUUGAACUUCACUUCGUUGCACUUCGUUACGUUCAACUGUUUAUAGAUUACAGUAGGUUCAUAGGUUACAGGUGUGUUGAACUUCACUUCGUUGCACUUCGUUACGUUCAACUGUUUAUAGAUUACAGUAGGUUCAUAGGUUACAGGUGUGUUGAACUUCACUUCGUUGCACUUCGUUACGUUCAACUGUUUAUAGAUUACAGUAGGUUCAUAGGUUACAGGUGUGUUGAACUUCACUUCGUUGCACUUCGUUACGUUCAACUGUUUAUAGAUCACAGUAGGUUUAUAGGUUACAGGUGUGUUGAACUUCACUUCGUUGCACUUCGUUACGUUCAACUGUUUAUAGAUUACAUUAGGUUUAUAGGUUACAGGUGUGUUGAACUUCACUUCGCUGCACUUCGUUACGUUCAACUGUUUAUAGAUUACAGUAGGUUUAUAGGUUACAGGUGUGUUGAACUUCACUUAGUUACGUGUGUUGAACUUCACUUCGUUGCACUUCGUUACGUUCAACUGUUUAUAGAUCACAGUAGGUUUAUAGGUUACAGGUGUGUUGAACUUCACUUCGUUGCACUUCGUUACGUUCAACUGUUUAUAGAUUACAUUAGGUUUAUAGGUUACAGGUGUGUUGAACUUCACUUCGCUGCACUUCGUUACGUUCAACUGUUUAUAGAUUACAGUAGGUUUAUAGGUUACAGGUGUGUUGAACUUCACUUCGUUGCACUUCGUUACGUUCAACUGUUUAUAGAUUACAGUAGGUUUAUAGGUUACAGGUGUGUUGAACUUCACUUCGUUGCACUUCGUUACGUUCAACUGUUUAUAGAUUACAGUAGGUUCAUAGGUUACAGGUGUGUUGAACUUCACUUCGUUGCACUUCUUUACGUUCAACUGUUUAUAGAUCACAGUAGGUUUAUAGGUUACAGGUGUGUUGAACUUCACUUCGUUGCACUUCGUUACGUUCAACUGUUUAUAGAUUACAUUAGGUUUAUAGGUUACAGGUGUGUUGAACUUCACUUCGCUGCACUUCGUUACAUUCAACUGUUUAUAGAUUACAGUAGGUUUAUAGGUUACAGGUGUGUUGAACUUCACUUCGUUGCACUUCGUUACGUUUAA